AUGAAUGAAAUUGAAAUAGCUGCUACAUUACAUGUACAAUACCGGGCUCUGCAGUGUUGCAUUCUAUCAUACUAUAUCAAAAUGGCUACAGCGGUACAGAACCCCUUGAAAUCGCAAUCUGGAGGUGCAGUCAUCAAGAACAGUCUUGGUGAGGAGUUUUAUAAGGAGGCCAUUGAACACUGUCGCAGCUACAAUGCCCGUCUGUGUGCAGAACGCUCCAUGCGUCUCCCCUUCCUGGAUUCCCAGACCGGUGUGGCCCAGAGCAACUGUUACAUCUGGAUGGAGAAGAACCACCGUGGACCAGGCCAUGCUCCAGGUCAGUUGUACACAUAUCCUGCUCGCUGCUGGCGCAAAAAGAGACGGCUAAAUAUCUUGGAGGAUCCGCGACUCGUACCGAUCGAGUUUAAGAUUGACUAUGAGGCUUCUCUAAAGAAGGAGGGAGGGGUCCCAGACGGUCCUGUGCUGGAGUCGCUGCUUGCUGGGGAAACCCUGGACAAGAAAGUGGAAACUAAGGAAGAAGAGCCAAUGAGUGAAUGUCAGAAGCUGCUUGUUGGGGACUUCCCUCAUGAAUUGGAGAUGGAUGAGAUGGAAGAAGACGUCCCAAAGCGCAAGAACCGUACCAAAGCACGGGCCUAUGGUGUCGGAGGCAUGAGAAAGAGACAAGAGCUGCCCGCCAUUGAAGACAGAGACAAGCCUUACGUCUGUGACAUCUGUGGAAAGCGAUAUAAGAACCGCCCAGGUCUGAGUUACCAUUACACUCACACACACUUGGCGGAUGAGGAAGGCGAGGAAGACUCAGAGCGACACACGCUGCCCUUCCAGCGCAAGAACAACCACAAGCCCAAGAAAGCACCGGACGGCUCAGUCAUCGCCAACGGCUACUGCGACUUUUGCCUCGGAGGCUCAAAGAAGACCGGCUGUCCUGAAGACCUUAUCUCCUGUGCGGACUGUGGACGCUCAGGCCACCCAUCCUGUCUGCAGUUCACAGUGAACAUGACGGCCGCGGUGAGGACUUAUCGUUGGCAGUGCAUCGAGUGCAAGUCCUGCAGCCUGUGUGGCACCUCUGAGAAUGACGACCAGCUGUUGUUCUGUGAUGAUUGUGACAGAGGCUACCACAUGUACUGUCUGAGCCCUCCCAUGUCAGAACCACCAGAGGGGAGCUGGAGCUGUCAUCUGUGUCUGAGACAACUGAAGGAGAAGGCCUCAGCCUACAUCACCCUCACUUAAUCUGCGGAGCUCAUCCUCUCGACCCUUCAUCCCCUCCCAAACCACCUCUUCGUCAUUCCCUUCUCUCUGUGCUUCAGCACCCCCCACCUCUCCCUUUAAUCUGAUCUGCUCGCUUUCUCUACAAUCUGUCCCUGUGACCUUUGAGCACACAGAGCACCCUCAGCGCUGCACCCACUCUUGAACGUGUCUCAAGUGGCGAGUCGUCCUCUUUUGUCACCCAGAUUCCCUGUUGUGCUUGACCUGAACCCGAGCUCCAACCCCGGCUUCCACCUUCCUCAUCUCUGCUCUGUCUCAGCAGAGGAAUACAUCAGCUCGCAAUGAGUUUUCUAGUAAGACACUCUUCAGCCCACCAAGGGCACUUCUGAGGCGUAGUACUCCACAGGAACCCUCAUAAGGGCCCUCGGAUGAGCCCUAAUGAUCUUCAGCUGCAACUCAGUCAAGUAGAGAAUGAGAAUUAAUAAGAUGGCUAGGUCUUAGGCAGAGGACGGGGCAGUGAAGAGGCUGGAUAACCACGGAGCGGUGUGUUUCAGUGUUCGCCAACUGUGAAAUGUACACACAACCAAAAUUUCUUUCACUCCCUACGUCCUUCGUUGUGUAUGGCGGAGCUGAGACGCUGAACUCUCCUCUGGCAUUUGUCUGCAGGGCCGCCCACCCUGUGUAGUAUCAAAGCAGAAGUGAAUUGUACAGAAUUAAGACUGCUUUUCAAACUACACACUCAUAAAAAACUCCCCUCAGUGAAAAGAAAGGAGCAUCCAGUCAGGAACUCAGACCAUCUCUGACCUCACCUUUCCCUUUCUCCAUGCAUGGGGUUUCCACAACUUAAUGGCGCAUUUUUUGAGAAUGACAUGGAAGGCUUUAGUGCAUGGAUGUGGUCUUCUGAUUAAAGGGUAGAAGGAUUUUAUCACAGAUCAAACAGCAUCUGGAUAAAUGGAAAUUUAGGCUUUGCAUCUCCCAGAAAUCCUUCACCUGACCUGUAUUUCCACACCGUUCUCCAAUCAAAGACUAUGAAGCCAAUGCAAGACUGAAACACUCCUGGUGCUUGGUGUGUAUUAUGUAUGUGUUCAGAAUGUAGGAUUGAUGUGUGGACAAUGAAGAUCUUUCCCUGGCUCUUGCUGAGGUCUAAAAACAUAUUUUGUAUGAUUCCUUUUUUUUUUUUUUAUUCUGUUCAUUUGCAUGUUAUUAUCUCAAUUGUUUUUGAAGAAAACCUUUUAAUUGAAAUUGAAAAAAAGCACACUUAAUUCGCAAUAAUGUGUUUGUGAUAUGAACUCUUUGGCUAACCUUUGUGUGGGUUUAUUUGAGCCGUCCAGUAACUGUAGCCAGCUCCAUGCCAGAUGGGAUCAGUCAGAGGACAAGAGUAGCAAAAAACAAUGUAAGGAAAGUCAACAUUUUAAACAUGAUUCUGGUGAGUUAGCUGUUUUCCCCUCAUUCGUUCUGAGUUUAGCAAACUGUAGCUUCAUAUAUGUCCAACAAAAAAGAGACAUGCAAAAGUUUGAUCUGAAUUUUUGUGACUGUGAAUAGAUAAGCAAGGUAAAUAUGACAUCUUCCUUAAAUCUUUCAGUCGGAUUACUUUUCUAUAGCCAUCUUUUAAAAUAAUAAAAAAAACUAAAACAAAACAAAAAA